CACCUAAGAACUCCAGGGAUCAGAAGGACCCUCAGAUAGGCAUUUUGAAAGCAAGAGUUGUUAGCUUUGGGGGAGGGAAGGUUCCAGUUGUAACAGGUUUUCCUAGACCCAUCGUUAGCAGCAAAGUAAGAGCCAGGAGUCUGCCAUUUAAGCAUUUCAGAUCUGCUUGGUAAACCUGGUGCUGAACCACCAUGCUGGCUGCAAGGCUUGUGUGUCUGCGGACACUGCCUUCCAGGGUUUUCCACCCAGCUUUCACCAAGGCUUCUCCCGUUGUGAAGAAUUCCAUCACCAAGAAACAGUGGCUCAUAACACCAAGCAGGGAAUAUGCCACCAAGACAAGAAUUGGGGCUCGACGUGGGAAAACUGGCCAAGACCUCAAAGAGGCAGCUUUGGAACCAUCAGUGGAAAAAAUAUUUAAAAUUGAUCAGAUGGGAAGAUGGUUUGUUGCUGGAGGGGCUGCUGUUGGUCUUGGAGCAUUGUGCUACUAUGGCUUGGGAAUGUCUAAUGAGAUUGGAGCUAUUGAAAAAGCUGUAAUUUGGCCUCAGUAUGUGAAAGAUAGAAUCCAUUCUACCUACAUGUACUUAGCAGGAAGUAUUGGUCUAACAGCUCUGUCUGCCAUGGCAGUCACCAGGACUCCUGUCCUCAUGAACUUCAUGAUGAAAGGCUCCUGGGUGACCAUUGGUGCAACCUUUGCAGCCAUGAUUGGAGCUGGAAUGCUGGUACAGUCAAUAUCGUAUGAGCAGAGCCCAGGCCCAAAGCAUCUUGCAUGGCUGCUACAUUCUGGUGUGAUGGGUGCAGUAGUGGCUCCUCUGACAAUUCUCGGGGGGCCUCUUCUCAUCAGAGCUGCAUGGUACACAGCUGGCAUUGUGGGAGGCCUCUCCACUGUGGCCAUGUGUGCACCCAGUGAGAAGUUUCUGAACAUGGGAGCCCCGCUGGGAGUAGGCCUGGGUCUCGUCUUUGCGUCCUCUGUGGGAUCUAUGUUCCUGCCACCAACCUCUGUGGCUGGUGCCACUUUGUACUCAGUGGCAGUGUACGGUGGAUUAGUUCUCUUCAGUAUGUUCCUUCUGUAUGAUACCCAGAAAGUAAUCAAGCGUGCAGAAAUAGCACCAAUGUAUGGAAUUCAGAAAUACGAUCCCAUCAAUUCCAUGCUGGGAAUCUACAUGGAUACGUUAAAUAUAUUUAUGCGAGUUGCAACUAUGCUAGCAACUGGAAGCAACAGAAAGAAGUGAAGUGACUCGGCUCUGGCUUCUCCACUACAUCAGAUGUCUUGCUUGUUAAAUAGGAGCAAGUGUUCAUUAACUAGUUUGUACAAGCAGCUUUCUUUGAAGUUCAGAAGAUAACAUGUCAGCCUGUGUAAAUGUUCCAGUAAUGUCAUGCUUCCAGUCACUUUUUCUUCUAGAGAAUAAAUUCAGUAGUUCUCUUCCAAAUAAGCACACAUAUUUCCAAUUCUCAUGUUUGAAUUUUAAAAUGUUUUAGUGAAUGUGGAAAGUAAGAUUCUAUUACAAGAAUUUAAGUAUUUUACCUAUCUUUACAUUUGCAAGGUUAAGUAAAAAUCAGCAUUCUUGUGACAUUUCCCUACAUGUUUGUUUAGAAUGCAGAACAUUGCAAGCAAUGUCAUAAUCGAUGUAGAGGUUUGGUACAGGAACCAGGGAGAAGUAAAGGGUCACCCGCAGUUUGUUUUGAAUACUUGAGCGUUGCACUUGUGUGACUGAUGAGCCAAUGAGAGAUGUCUCAGUAUUUGAAAAGAAGCAAGUGAUGGGUGCCUUUGUGUUCCUCGGUGAAACAUUGGCACAGGGGUUGGAUUCUCCUGCUGUUGCUUCUCAGGGCUGUCUUUACAAUGCAGGUGUGGUCGUGGCUGACUUCCUUGUCAGGACAAUAUUGGGAUGCCCAAAAAUGUGUAUCGUGUGGAGAUUUCCUGCUGGAAUUAUGUAUAUGUGAGUUUUACUUCCGAAUCUCCUAAAACAAAGUAUCUUUACACAGCUGUUCUCAAAAGUACAGACCAUGAGAUUUGUUGCUUCUGUUACCUAUAGAAACAACAUGUUCAGAGUUAUUGAGGGUUUUUUUUUUUUGUAUAUUUAUUGAAAUGUCAGAUUGCAUAGAAGCUUGCUUUUCACAUCUCAUCAGACUUUAAAGCCUUUAUCAGAAAAGUCUGUCUGUGGCUUACACGUGAGAUCAUGAAAGCAGUUUUUCUCCUGAAACUGUUUAUUGCAUUCCCUCUCAGAGUAAGCACUAAAAAGCAAAGAAAAACUAGUCUGUCUUUAUGAAAUAUGUUUAAAAAUAAAAAACUUAGCUUCCUUCGGCAGAAUUUUCCUUCUGUUUAUAUAGACCAUCAUGUAUGCUUUCUUGGAACAUUUGUAUGUUUUUUGAUAAGAGUUAUUUUGGGGGGGUCUUUAGUGAAUAGAGGAACAUCUGUGUGAUUAUUGAAAUGAUCACUAUUUUUGAGAAACGUUGUUACAGAAAUCCAGAAAUAACUAUUUUAACCAUCUCAAAGUACAUAGAAUGCUUAUUUCUGAGAUAAUAAAAGUUCCAGCAACA